GAUGUGACAUCUGCUGGUGUCUCUGGGUAAUACAGGUUUUGCAUGUUUUCCCGCUCAAAGUGACCUAGUUUGCACCAUGGACUGGCGGCUCUUUUGGAGUGGAGGGAAAUCUGCAACUCACAAAUAUGCCUCAGUUGACAAAAUGAUUUGCCAGACUUAUUUUCCUUCCAUCUUCCUUUUUUUCUCUUUACUUUACUUAAUUGAGAUGUAAGUGCUUUAAUUACAAACCUUUCAGUGCGUGAAGUAUAGGUCUAAUGCAAAAAUAGAAAGAAAGAUUACGAGUGGUCGCACUCUCGCUUCACUUUAAGGAGACGCAGAGGAAGCGUGUUCCCAUCUCCACCGCUAGGUGGCAGAUGCGUGUAUUUAAAUCGAUGGUUUCCUUGAACUGUCUCUGCUCUGCGGUCACUGAAGCAACACAUUUUGUUGUUGUUAUGUGUUGUGUGAAAAACGAGAAAACGGUGUUUUCGUUUUAUGUUUAUUACGGUAAAGGGGACUAUCGAGAGGUACAGGGACGCCCAUCACCGGAGAGCACCGCGUUAUCUUCCAGGUGCGUGCGAAGCGGUGCAGGAAGAAGAGAAAGCACAACGAGCGGGGGUCCGCUCACACACGGGAGGAUGGUGGCAAAGAUGGAGAGCUGCGGAGCGGCGUGUCUCCCGGAGGACGGAGAAAGGGACAUCCCUCCUACCCUUGAAAAAAAAGAUAACCUGAUCGAAAGUGACAGCAGCAGCUCAGAAAACACUGGGACAUCUACUGAGGAGAGCUCAGAGGAGGAAGAUGAAGAUGAAGAUGAAGAGGAGGAUGGGGACACUGUUCUACCACAAGGCUGUGCUCAGGAGGGUGGAGGACACGAAGAAAAUGCAGAGGAGUCUAAAAAUGAUUUGGUCCCUGGAACCGAAUCAGAUCUCUCAAAUGGUUCAGAUGAGAUGAUCUUCAAAUUGUGCUGUGAAAAAUGCAAAGCCACCCAGCAGAGCCACGGCAAUGAGCUCGUUACCCCCCGGAGGAUCUCCAAGGGCCGAUUUCAGGUGCAGCUGGAAGGGGAGGGCACAUACCGGUGUUCGGUCACCGGUCUGGUGUUUGAAGCAUCGGAGCGGGUGCUGGUGCGCUACUCCGUCUUAUCCUGGUCAAAGUUCAGUAACUUCCUCGGGGACUCCUGGAGAUUUGCUGGACCCAUCUUUAACGUGGACACGGUCAAUAAGGAAGCUUCUGCCCUCGCGUCCAUUCAGUUCCCUCACUCCAUCUGCAUUAGCGAUCCAGAAAACAAGACGUCAUUCAGCGUCCUGCACAUGAAGGACAACCGUCCACUCAUCGAGCCGACAGUAGACCACUCAGGAAGCCACGUUAAGUGGAAUGUGACGUCCCUUUCGCCCGUGGGGCCCAUCAUUCCCCUCAGCCCGGCUAGAGAGCGGCACGGCGUGGUCCUGGUUUACUGGCUGUCCAGUAACGGCAGCAGCAGCAGCAACAACAACAACAACAAGUUCCACAUCUUCCUGGCGCCCAACAGCUCAUCUGAGAUCCAGGAUAUUCGCAAACAGGUGCGUGGCCACCGGAAUCGCUGCGAGCGGAUAGUGAAGCCUCCUCAAUGUUUACUGAAUGAGGGGACGUAUCGGCUCCUGAGCGAGCCAGAGGGAGAGAUCAAACCUCAGGAUUUGACAUUCACCUUUGCGGUGACCCAGAUGAAAGGCUUCUUUGAAGCUUUCUUUGAGGAGCCCCCUCCCUUCAAAUUGUCUCUUGUAGAGGUCGAAACCGAGACGACUGUAUGGUCCAGCACCAUCAGAGAAGAAGACUGUGUGAUAAAAACAGAAAAGAGGGAAGAAAGGAAAAGGUCAGACAGCAGAAAGAGGAAAAGCAGCCCAGAGGAACAGAGAGACCCUAAAAGGACUCGAUGGCAGGACGAGUCGGAUGCAGUGAAAACAAGGACUUGGCUCCAGGACAUGACAGAGAAGCAGCUUCUGCAGCUGGCCAAGCAGCUCGGGAAGGAGUGGAAGCAAGUGGGCAUCUUCAUAGACUUGACAUCCAAGGAGGUGGACGACAUCAAGGAAGCGGAGCCGGAUGUGACCAUGCAGAAGCACAAGAUGCUGGUAACGUGGAAGAACAGAAGGCAGCCGGGAAAGGCCACAGCUUACGACCUGUUUCAAAGUGUGAAGAACCUGGAUGAAUUGUCAAAUGAGUUUCAUCAAAUACUUAACGAGAUGAUUACCAAUCCAGAAGCAAUAUGAAAGAGGUUUGCCUUAAACGGACUUUGGACUGUGAAGAAAAAUCCAACCUCAGGAAUACAACGAAGCUGAGGAUGAGCCGACAUUAGCUCCUUAAAUUCUGUAGUCAAUACAGAAUAGAACAGCUGCACCAAAAGCUUCCCUUUCAUAGCCAGGAUGUGAUGCAUAGCAUUAUUGAGGAUAAAAAGUGACCAGAAGAGAUAGAGGUCAUUGAGUUCUUUUGGUAGCUAAUUGUAUAGCCAGUAGCAUAUGUAAAUGUGGGUCAUGCAGUGUUUAAACUGCAAAAAAAUGGGAAAACGUCUACCGGUGCAUGAUAUUGUUUAUUUUUUAAACCAUAUGUUUGUGGUAGUUCACACGUAUGUGGUCAUGUGACUGUCCAAAGGAUGAAGCUAUUUACUGAUACCUUUUUUAUAUUUGACCUGUUCAUAUGAAUCUGUUUUCAAGUCUAUUUUGUGGGUUUAUUUUUUUUUACCAAUUCAGAAGCUGUAAAACUAAAUGAGUUGCCAGAGGUCCUUAAUUAUGUUUAUUUUAACUUGAAUUUUGAAUGACGAUCACCUAGUGACACGAACACACAUCAUGUUUUACUAUAAAUGUUGGCUACAAACAUUUUUGCAAGCAUUUGGAUGCAGGUUUGCAACUGUCAACUGUAUUUGGAAAUGACACUUUAUCCAGACAUCCCUGAAAGUCUUUGGGUCUUCCGUGCCGAUAUGAAGCGGUAAUGUUUACAUUUAUUGAGGGCUUCUCCCUUCAAACAACUUGCCACUAUCAUGUGUUCUACAAUAAAUUGUAUAUUUGUAAUACAGCAAAUGUUGACUGAAUAAAACUUUGUACGAAAUUGAA